UCCAAGAUUGAACAGCUUUAAAUGGAUGAAUUCCCUUCCUAGAUUUAAUAAUCUAAAACUUUUGUUGUAGCCUUUAACCCUAAUUCAUAAGCAGUAAGCCAAAAGCACUAAAACCCCCAUAGAAUUAUUCAUAGCAAUACAAUAAUGAUCAACCCUUUGGAAAGCAUCCUAGCCAAUCGAAUGAAGAUAGCUUUACAGCCCAAGGUCAAGGAAACACUUGAUGGAAAAGGUCUCUGGAAGCAAUACUCAUGAUGGCAAGAUGCAGGGCUGAAAACUGGGAAUGCACCUUGGAGAGGGCUGUGCCACCUGUGGGUUUUCUAUGGGGACAUCUGGAAGUUGCUUAACGUAUUCUGGGUUCAAAUCUGAGGAGAGUUUGACCUUGGGAAGCUGCGAGCAGCUAAUCAUGGAGGCAGCACUGGGGGGAUAAAGUCCAGAUUCCUUCCAACAAGUCUAAUUUCUGGCAAGUGUGCACGCACAAGCCGUUUCCUUUCCCAGUUUUGUAGCUGGAGUUUUGCGGCAGGACACAGCCCAGCUCCCAGGCGUAGCUGUAGCCUUUGUGCCUCAGGGGGAGAAGGACGAGGCGGCUGUGGGAAGGCGGGGGCAGGGGCAGGAGGCAAGGAGCAGCGCGCACCCGGGAAAAGGGAGGGGACGGGGUGCAGGAGCAGGCUGAGGGCUGCGCCCUACCCGUCCGCGCCUGCCUCCUCCCGUCGAUAAGGGUGCUAGAGAAAUUCUGGGACAUGUUCUCCUCCCUCAUUUCUCUCCUCUCCUUUUCCCCUUUCUGAAAAGAUGAAUCAAGAAGAAGUGGCGAGACGAAGGGGAAAGUGAAAUUCUAAGAUGCUGCUGAGAACUUUGACCCCUUCCCUUCCAUCCCUUUCCCUGCAUAGAAAUGGAAGAGGCAUCCCGCUCCCUCCGGUGCGGAGCGGCUAGUGCCCUGCUCCCGGGGAAACCCAGCGGCAGAGCCCGAGGAGGAGGCAGCAGCUGAGCGAGAGAGAACGUGAUGCUUGAAGAAGCUUCUGCCCACUUUGUAGUGGAAGGAUGGAGAUCCCCAGAGUACUCGGGCUCUUGAGUCUGUUAUCCUGUCUCAGAUGUGUGGCGGCUUUCCUGGGAUCCCAGCCCAACCAAAACCAUUUGCAGAGUGCAGCAUCCAGCGUGUGUGGUGUCGGAUCUCUUGGGUAUUACAAUGGCUCGCUGGCAGUCACUGAGGCCGGGGCAGAGUGCCUCAGCUGGGCAGAGUUCCCCGACUAUGUUCAGCAGUACCCAGACCGUGGCUUGGGGGACCACAACCACUGCAGGAACCCAGAUGGGGGAACUACACCCUGGUGCUUCUACCGGCUUGCGUCAGGGGCCAUCGGUUGGGCUAACUGUGACUGUAACCAAGGUGCUGUGCGGUUGGCAGAAGAUAGUACUGUGGAGCUGUACUUCAGUGGACUCUGGGGCACCAUUUGUGCUGACCACUGGACUGACUGGGAUGCCAGCGUUGUCUGCAGGCAGCUAGGUCUCAGUGAGAUUGGCACAGCUGGGAAGAAGAAUCGUCCUGGACCAUGGCCUGUUCCCUUGCACCUGCAGUCAGCAAACUGCCAUGGGGAUGAGAAAGCCCUGCUGCAGUGUGACUAUCAGGAAGCUAUGUCAGGAGCUUGUAACCAGGGGACUGCCAUGGUAACCUGUGUCCCUCCAGAAGGUGUAGGUGCCCCACUGCGUUUAGUUGGGGGAAAGGAAAGCUUUGAAGGGCGAGUAGAGGUUUACCAUGAUGGCAAGUGGGGUACCAUCUGCGAUGACCAGUGGGACAACCGGGAUGCUGAAGUAGUCUGUAGGCAGCUGGGACUCAGUGGGAACCCAAAAGCCUUGUCAUGGGCUCACUAUGGGCAGGGAUCUGGCCCAAUCCUGCUGGAUGAAGUGGAGUGCUCUGGCAAUGAACUCUCACUUGACCAGUGCAAGAAGAGUGACUGGGGACAGCAAAACUGUGACCACAUUGAAGAUGCUGGAGUCUCCUGUGAUCCUUUCACAGAGGGCACUGUCAGGCUGGCUGGUGGCCGCAGCCACAGCGAAGGCAGGGUAGAAGUUUAUCACAAUGGAGACUGGGGCACAGUAUGUGAUGAUGGCUGGACAGACCUUGGUGCCCACGUGGUCUGCAGGCAGCUGGGCUUCAGUGGUCCUGCUACCUUGGCCUCUGAAGGGGACUAUGCUGCUGGCCAAGGCUUUAUCUUACUGGAUGAUGUGGCUUGUGUGGGGACAGAAUUGUCCCUCCUGGACUGUCCCCACAGCAACUGGGGGCAGCAUGACUGCUCACACGCUGAGGAUGUGGCAGUCCGCUGUUCCCCAGAGAGCAACACAGUCAUGGACGGCAGCCUGGGGCCUCCUGUACGGCUAGUGGAUGGAGAAAGCACCAAGGAGGGACGGGUUGAGGUAUUUCUGAAUGGGCAGUGGGGCAGCGUCUGUGAUGAUGGCUGGACAGACAGAGAUGCUGCAGUGGUUUGCAGGCAACUGGGAUUCAGUGGUACAGCAAAAGCCAGGGCAAUGGCUUAUUUUGGUGAAGGCCAUGGGCCCAUCCAUCUGGACAACGUAGAAUGCAGUGGCAUGGAGCACACUCUAGGGCAGUGUGUCAGGCCUGACACUGGGAUUCACAGCUGCUGGCACAGUGAGGAUGCUGGUGUGAUCUGUGACUAUGUGGAAGAGAAGGCUCAAGAUAUCGUGAGAACAGGUCCAGAGUCUGGUGUGUGUGGGAUGCGCCUGCUUCACCGUCGCAAGAAAAGGAUCAUAGGUGGAAACAAGUCUCUCAGAGGUGGUUGGCCAUGGCAGGUGUCACUACGGUUGAAAGGUUUUCAUCGAGAUACUCGUCUGCUGUGUGGAGCAACACUGAUCAGCAGCUGCUGGGUGGUGACUGCAGCCCACUGCUUCAAAAGGUUUGGUGUUGAUGUACGGCGUUACCUGCUGCGGGUGGGUGAUUACCACACAGGUGUGAAGGAUGAGUUUGAGAGGGAGCUGCUCGUGGAUCGGAUUGUCCUCCACAGGAACUACUGGGCUGGCAGCAAUGAUAAUGACAUUGCCCUGGUCCGGAUGCGGGGCAGAGAGGGGCACUGUCUCUCCUUCAAUCACCAUGUUCUACCUGUCUGCCUGCCCAGUAGGAAAGAGAAGUCUGAUAUCAACAGGCAAGCCUGCAUCAUCUCUGGCUGGGGAGACACAGGGAAGUCCUACUCGAGAACCCUGCUGCAGGGGGUGGUGCCUCUUCUCCCACAGGAAGACUGUGAGGUCCGUUAUGGACAGAAGUUCACUAACCGCAUGAUUUGUGCUGGGAACCUCUCUGAAGAUAAAAGGGUGGACAGCUGCCAAGGUGACAGUGGAGGGCCACUCAUGUGUCAGAGGUCAAACGGACGCUGGAUCAUUUUGGGGAUCACUUCCUGGGGUUAUGGCUGUGGUCGGAAGGAUUCCCCUGGUGUGUACACAAAGGUCAGCAAAUAUGUACCCUGGAUCAAGAAAGUGACCAAGCUAAAAUGAAAAUGUCUGAACUCUAGGAAGUUCAAUGUAUGAUCCUUUUGCCCUGCAGCAGCAGAAGGAUGUGGCUUCUGGCCUGUGACUGAUGGAAAUUUAUUUUGUCAUUAGACUGUAGAACUGGGAGAAAACCAGUUAUGGUUGAUUCUUUAAAAUCUUUGUUUUCACUUUAGUCCAUAAUCUCUGAGCAGAGAAAGCAGGUGCACACUGGUAAGAAUGGUAAGUCUAUGUUGCUCUGACUAUCUGAGUCCUGUAAUCACACUUGUUCCUUUGCCCUGGCACACGAACAAUGGUAGAAGUGGAGAGACACCUUCCUCUGUAAAUCUAUUCCUGGUUUUGUAUGUUUGCACAGCUGAAAAACACUGCAAAGAGAGGUGAGAUGCUUGGAAGAUAGCACCAGGCCCUGGCAUAGUGGAAAUACAUUUUUUCAUAACAACUCUCUUCAGUUCCAGAAAUCAGAAGAUUUGACCUGAGCUGAGGAACAGGCCAACAGUUGGGUUUUUUUCCUUCCCUGUUGUGUCCCUAGGGGGAACCUUUUCUCUUCCGAAUAGUAGGUCUGCUCCCAUAUGAGCCCUUUAAAUGUCUGUCCCUGCUAAGAGAUGCUUCUCCCUCCUACUGUAAUCCUCUGUCACAUAUUUCCAGCUGCCAGAUGCUGUGGUUUUAUUGCUGCUUUCUCAAUAUAGUGUUUCUUUUUGUGUUUUGGGUUUUUUUGGUUUUUGUUUUGUUUUGUUUUGUUUUUCCUUAAAGUAGCAUCUUCUAGAAUCAGGUGUUGCUAUGAGAGUAAAUCUUAAUUUUUAAGAGACAAUAGCUUUCUUGCCCUUGUGAUUACUACGAAGAACUUAAAAAUGUGACCUCAAAAGGCUGAAUAGAUAUGUUAUUUUUCUUUAAAUCCAAAUGUAAUGUUAAUCUCAAAUAUUCAGGUGUUGAAUCAUGAUUUAACAGCACUGUGGGGAGUUUCUCUUGGUACCUUAUUCACCAUAGUUAUUAGCUGCCCUUUAUUUGUGAUGUUAGUCUUUAAUAUCUCUGUAUUCACAGUUCUCCCAUGAAAAAUUGAAAUACUCCUGGGAUAUAGGUGCACCUCAAGCAAAUUACUCACUCCUUGUGUAAAACAGUAAGUGUGCUGCAAAGCACCUUCUGGCUUUCCUGAAGUGUGUCCUAUUCUUGCAACUUCUGGGCUAUGCUUCCUCUCUUCUUUGCACUAUUUUCUCUUUUCAUUCCUCUCAGUUGGAAUAAACUGGCUUAACUCGAGGGUAUGCAAGCACUGCCAUCAAGCUGUAGUCCUCAGCCUGAACAGAAAUAAUGCUGAGAUAAAGCAGGGGUUAUUAACUGAAUACUUCAAUUUCUUCCUUCCCUCUCAUCUGAGCAAAUGAACAUAGUUUCCUCUUAGGCCUUAAACACUUUUGUAAGUUAAUUAUUAUUCUUGAGUAGGUAGCAAAACAUAAAAAUAGACAGAAGGGCUAAGUGCAUCACCAGUUGUGCAGUGCACAGUGUCUUUCUCAUUUUGUAUAGACAAGUCAGAGAAAAGACAGGUCUGCUCAGGAGCAGGGGCAGUAAGCUUUGAUGUAUAACCAAGGACCUGAACAUGGAGUAAUAAUACAGGAUGGGACCAUGUGCAUAUUUUGGGUUCGCUCAUGCACUGUAGGGUAGGCAAUGACUGGGUCAGGCACUGGACUGCUGUCUGGAAGGUGUUCAGAACCUAGGUAUUGCCAAGGCAAGAACAGGAGGUAGAGCACAACCCAUGGAUUAGCAAUGUCAUAUUUACAGGACAUGUGGUGACAGAGUCCUAGAAAUUGCCUUGGAUUCAAUACGUAGUGGUUGCUUAAAGCUUUAAUUUGUCUUCUAUAAAACAGCUUAAUGUAAAGGUGCUGAUCUGGCUAGGUGGAUGAUUUUUUUUAUUUUUGUGUGUUAAUGAUAAACUAAAGAGUUCCAUUUACCCUCUAUAGGGAUUAUAGGAAAGUUGGGUUAGCAGUGUUGCAAUGGACUGUUUAAAGAUCCUGCUUGGAAGCCUUAUUUUAAAAAAGAAUUGUAGGAACCUUUAAAACAUGAAAUGUCAGAACCCAUGCAAACUGGCCUUUGAGACAGUUCUGAUCUGUUUGUGUCUCUUCUUGACGUCCUGAAUGUCUGCAGUGCAGCUUGUGCUGAUAACCCUGUUUAAAGUUCCAGGCUUGAUCUUUUGGCAGCUCUGUGCUUGGCUCCACACUGGCUGUGUUGUCCUACAGCUGCUGGCAGAGACUCCCUAAGGCGAAAGCUGCAGACUGCUCCUUAUCUCUCAGGAAUUAAAAUGACAGGAGGACUGAGGGCAAUUAUGUCACAGACCUCUGCUCUUGCAGGGAAUUAAAUGCCAAGUUCCAUGCUGGCAGCAACAGUACCUGUCUGGGAAACAUGGAGGGAUUUGGCUUUUGCCUUCAGCCUCCCCCAAGCCAGCACGCUACAGCAGCUCAAAUGGAGUUUCUGUGCCUUGGGUGCUGUCACAUCUCUAGUUUAACCUGAUUUGAUCUUUCAGUGUAUAUUCAUAACCCCAACAGGCACAGAAACACCUGAAGGAUUGAAACAAUGAGUUUAUUUCCUCAAGCCUACUUAGCUGGUUGACUUUCAGGAGUUAAAAUAAAUGACCAUGUACCAUGGGUGAGAUACAGGCCUGGCAUUGUCUUCUGAAAUUCCCAUUUUCUAGUUCAAAAUAUUUCUCCUAGAUCUUUUCACCAUGAAAGCUGUGAGAAUCCUUGUGAUUAACACCCGGUGAGUUCUGCAUGAGCCAGGAGGAGGGAAGGAAGUAUCCAAUCUCCUUCGCCUACUUUUACACUUUACUGGUACUGUAGGCAAGCCUGCCAAUACUCUCCUCAAUUGUCCUGACCUGUUUCAGAGCACCACUACUGCUCUUUACUGUUUAAACUGGGAUUGUGGCCCAAACCAAACUCAUGUGCUUUGCCACCAAGGUUUACUGGGACUGCCUGGUUGGAUAAGAGGCACUCAGCUGCCCUAGGACUGUAUUUUGUACCUAAUGUUGGCCAGCAGCAGAUGUUUCAAAGGAUAGUAUGCAUGAGUUUGUACUAAACAAGUUUUAACAACCUUUCCUUCUGGGGAAUUUUGUUCUUGGCCUAUUUAAAUUAAUUACUUGCAUUACUAUUAUAAUUAAAAAUAGAAGUACUUGGUCCUCUAGGUAUUGUAAAAACAUUAUGCACUAUUCUUUUGUGAUUCUUUGUUUUCUAAAGUGUGAGAGUUUAUAUCCCUUACUUUCAAAAAACUAUUUAAUGUAAGCAGCCUUCAUCUUCCAUAUAAAUGUUUAAUCUCCUAUUUAAUCCAACUAAGCUCUCAGCCUCAAUAUUUUCUGGCAAUGAGACCAAUAUAAUUUUAUUCUCCAUAGCACAUAAUUUCUUUUUAUGGUUCCUGAAUUAAUUGCCUUUUGUUUUCAUUGAAUCCCAUCUGUCCUUAUGUUCUCAGCCAUGAGAGGAAAUAUGGGGCCUGGCUUUAUAUUCUCUGUUGUCCAUUAGCCUAGAGAUAGUCCCCUUUCUAAAACUGUGGUUUCUGUCUCUCUUCAACCCAAACUGUCUAGAUAUCUGAUAGCAUGGUGACUCUGUCUUCACAUCAUCUCCUUCUGCUGGAUCUUUAAGCUCUAGUAACCAAAACUGAAUGCAGUUUGCCAGGGGAGGCUGUGCCAUCUGCUGAUUACUUUCAGUAUUAUUUUCUAUAGUAGGCAAUGCUGUGAUUUCAGUGCUAUAUGUGUGUUACGUAUGUAGGUUGGAGCUAGCUUUAAACUUGCUAGUGUGGUCUUGGUGGCAGCCUAGCUACAAUGGGAUGAAAACCCGCCAGGUGAAUUACUCCUGUGCCUCAGUCAGGUGCAGCAGCCUCUCUGAGCCCACAGUAAUUGCUCUAGGUAUGCUUGGGGAGCAUAUUGCAGCUCUGGGCAGGGAGCACCUGAAUAGCUGUGUAGAGCUUUGCCUUGGCUGAUACAGUCCGUCUUCACAGUGUUAGUCUGUUGGAUAAGGGUAAUGCACACCACACUGUUUCCAAGAGCUAGAAGCUCAGACACUGUUGCUGGUGGCUGCACUGUGCCAUGUGGAUGCUGUGAGACAACUUCCUGUAGCAGUGUGGCACAUGCUGGUUACAUGAGAAAGGGAAGCAUUGGCAGAAGUAGAAACAUGGCUAUGGAAAAGGUCUAAGGAGCAGCUAUUAGUGCUCCAGGUAUCCCUCUUUGAGGAAAUACCCCAGUGCUCUACAAAGGCUGACCCAGUGCCAGUGUCUUCCUGACAUGCAGUGCCUGCAGUGGUACACCUAUCAGCCCUGCCUUGACGCCAGUCCAGGCUUUGGCCAGCUGAAGUUGGAUUAGAUAUUUAUCCCCUUCCUGUAGCUGACCACUCUUCUGAUGAUUUCUAUGAAUUAUGUUCUAUGCUGUAAUUAAUCAGGCAGCUGUUUAUUAACCUGGACAGGAUGUCGAUUACCCUUGUAAUCCUUGUAUGCUUGUAGCAGAGAAUAACAGAUCAGUUUCUCAAACAUAUUAGUGGAGGCACUGGUGAGGAACCAGGAACAUGGAUAUUUGCUAUAUCAGGGGUAAGGGGUGGGUCUGUCUUCCUUCCUUCCUGAAGUCAAUAUCCUGAAGUAUCUUCACCCCCAAAAAAGCUGCAGUGAUCCAUCAGCCACUUGAAGACAGAUUUUUAUGUGUAUAUUCAGCAAUCAGAUGAAAGCUUUUGAGACAUGAACUGCACUGUGGUGUUUAACACCAUCUUGAUAGACUUGCUGGGAGUUUCUUGCAGUUAGAAGGAACAGCAUGGCACCUGGUGGUAACCAACUUGGGAUCACUGCUUGUGCAAGAAUGCACUGUGGACCUGGACCAAUGCACAUCUUUUGGGCUGUAUUUUUCCUUGUUCAGAAAAAUAUUUAAUUUCCCACAUCAAGAAGAAAAACUUGCUUGUGUAGUAGCCCACUCAGUCCUAUUAAAAUCCCUUUCUACUAACCAGGGUCUGAGUAUCUCUGAAAUCAGUCAAGUGCCGAAAUUGUCAUGUCCCCUGGAUCAACACCAAUGGUUCACAAAUUAUGCUAAUAAAUGGAUUAU